AUGGGGACACUGAAUUGCAGCACGGACAUGACCUCCGGCACGAAGCUACAACACCAACAAGCUCCAACAUCGCCCACCGCUUCGUUCUCCGAGUCGAACGUUGUUGCUUCUUCCACCGAUCCCGAUGCCAUCGACGCCUUAGCUGGCUUACAAGCCCUCAGGUUCGAUGGGGACAUGGAUGGUGAGAUCCAGUCACCUGACCUUGCUAUGUGGGAGUCUCUCUUUGCCGACCAGAUCGGCGCCGGGUCCGGUGCCGACUUCUUGAUGUCUUCUUCUCCUAGGAGGGACUUCAGCCCUUUGAGAGAUUUUAUGGUCUCCUCCCCCAAGAGGGACUACAUGGUGUCCUCCCCAAAGAGAGACUACAUGCUGUCUUCACCAAAGAGAGACUACAUGUUGUCUUCACCCAAGAGAGACUACAUGGUGUCCUCCCCUAAGAGAGAGUUGGUCUCUUCCCCAAGGAGGACAACCUUCUCCAACCUGUACAACAGCACAAGCCACCAGGGCUACGUGCAUGGGGUGGAGGCAGCGAACCCCCAAACGCAGUACAACAACCUUGCCAACAAGGGCAAAUCGUCGAUGAGCCCACUCCACAAGGUGUACAUCAACAACAACAACAGCAGCAGGCAAAGCAACGGCCCAUCCUCCCUCUCCUGCUCCUCGUCCUACGUCGUUCAUGGCGAGAAUCUCCCUCUGCCGUCCAUGGACCCCUUUGUGGAAGAAGGGUACCUAGCGUACCAGCUGCCAGAGAAGGCUGCUGCCGGCCAGAGCGCCAGUGCUCUGACGUCUUCGCAGCUGCCGACGCUCUCGGAGUGCCUGGCGAUGCCGGAGCCGGGGUAUGGAGGUGAGGAUGGGGCGGGAGCAGCCGCGGUCCUGGCCGGCGGUGUUCAGCUGGGGGCAGUCUCACAUCAGCCAGAUCAAGAUCACCUGUACUACGCGAGCCAGUUCGGAGAUGCACAAGGCUUGUCACUGCAGCACCAAAUGGCAAAGCCAGAGCAAUGGAGAGAUUCUUCCUCCUUACACAGCAUGCUGGGGUCGGUGAUCCAGUCAGAGGUUGAGCAGGAACAGGACAGCGGUCUUCAGCUGGUGCACCUGCUGCUUGCGUGCGCCGACUUCGUGUCCAAAGGCGACCAGCCCUCCGCGCUCCGACAUCUCCACCUUCUCCGCUGCAUCGCCUCCCCACUCGGCGACUCCAUGCAGCGCGUCGCCUCCUACUUCGCGGAUGCUCUCGCCGCUCGCCUCUCCUCCUCUUCCGCAGCUGCCGUCUCCCCACGCGGUGCUGGUGCCCCCUACCCCUUUCCGCCAUCGCCGGACACCCUGAAGAUCUACCAGAUCCUAUACCAGGCGUGCCCUUACAUCAAGUUUGCCCACUUCACUGCAAACCAGGCCAUUUUCGAGGCCUUCCACGGGGAGGACCGCGUCCAUGUCAUCGACCUCGACAUCCUCCAGGGCUACCAGUGGCCGGCGUUUCUCCAGGCCCUCGCGGCGCGGCAGGGUGGCCCACCCAUGCUGAGGCUGACAGGGGUGGGCUACCCGGCCGCAGCGGUGAGGGAGACCGGGCGGCAUCUCGCUUCCCUCGCGGCGUCGCUGCGCGUGCCGUUUGAGUUCCACGCCGCCGUGGCGGACAAGCUGGAGCGACUGCGCCCUGCCGCUCUGCAGCGGCGCGUCGGUGAGGCGCUGGCGGUGAACACAGUGAACCGCCUCCAUCGCGUCCCCAGCGCUCACCUCGGCCCAUUGCUGUCCAUGAUCCGGGACCAGGCGCCCAAAAUCAUGACGCUCGUUGAACAGGAGGCCGGGCACAACGGACCAUACUUCUUGGGCAGGUUCUUGGAGGCCUUGCACUACUACUCAGCGAUCUUCGACUCGCUCGACGCAACGUUCCCGGCGGACUCAGCGCCGCGUAUGAAGGUAGAGCAGUGCCUUCUGGCUCCAGAGAUCCGCAACGUGGUGGCGUGCGAGGGCGCCGAGCGGAUUGCGCGACACGAGCGACUGGACCGGUGGCGCCGCAUCAUGGAGGGCCGUGGAUUCGAGGCCGUGCCGCUCAGCCCGGCCGCCGUCGGCCAGAGCCAGGUUCUCUUGGGACUCUACGGCGCCGGCGAUGGAUACCGGCUCAACGAGGACAAAGGAUGCCUCCUACUUGGCUGGCAGGACCGUGCCAUCAUCGGCGCCUCCGCUUGGCGAUGCUGA